UUGCAUUCUCGAAUGAUGUAUUGUGAUUUAGACUAGACGGUUCUCUAGAAAUACAGUCAGCCGAGCCGCCUAACUUCCGAGAAGAGCAAGCAUGGCGUUGUGUAUCUCUAUUCCUUCCUUCUCCGAUUCUGCUACCGCUCCUUCCCUAUCUCAAACAUAUUUCAGUCUCAGUCGCCGCCGGCCUUCCAAUUUCAUCCACUUUCUUAAUUUAAGCCUUCCCAACCGCCCACCACGUCUUUGCCGAGCUUCCAAUUCUCAGCCUGGACCGUUCCCCAAACAGUCUGCUUCUGCUUCUUCUAAGAAAAGGAAGAAAAAGGAUAAGGGAGAUUCCAAGGUUUUUAAUCCUACCCAUAUCGAAGUUGUGGAUGAUUUUAGCUUCGAUGACGCUGGACCCUCUAGCUCCACUUCCAAUUCCACUUAUUCGUCGUACCAUCCUUCGACCUUGCCCAAACCGCCAGCUGGUUUUGUACUAGACGACCAUGGAAAGGUCCUCAUGGCUUCAAACAAGCGAAUUGCUACCAUGGUCGAUCCUUUGAACAAUUUGCCUCUGGAAUGCGUUAUAAGAAGAAUUUUUAGAAGUUCAAAAGGGGAUGAUUGCAUGCUUCUUUGCCCGGUGGACACGCCUGUUCAAAUACUAAAGAGCAAGAAUAUUGAUGGAUGGUCAGCUGUGAGUGAUGAUGAAGUCGAAUCUCUUUUGCCUGCUGCUGCUUAUGCUCUUGCCAAAAUACACAUGCAUUUGGUCCACAGCGGAUUUUGCUAUACGGCGAGGGGAGCAUUUUGCUAUUCAGAAGAUGACAUUUUUGAUUUCCGCACAGAUGAUGGACAAGAUGUAGAUGGCUUGCCUAAUGAGGGUGUAGAGAUCACUUGCUUUCAUAUGGAUGGAGCACAUUACAUGAUUUAUACGCCAUCUGAUCCACUUCUUUUUGUUGCUAUCAAGGACAAGCUUGGUCAACUAACAAUUGCUGAUGAUGAGCUGUUGGAGGACCCAGCAAUUAUAAGUGCCAUUGACGAAGAGACUGAAUUUAAUGCACUGGUGGAGGAGGAGGCUGCUCUUCUAGAAUCAGUUUUAGGGAAAGAAUAGCCCAACACAAGCUGCACAGCUUUAGUUUGGAGAACACUACACUAGGUAGAGCAUUUUGUAAUAUAUGUUAAAUUGGGUUUAGAAGUGCAUGUUCUUCCUUUACUUCGCCUCAUUUGAGUUUCUCGCUGUUGGGGGAAACACAUCAGUUGUUGAGGACUCUAUCUAAUAAAAGCUCAGGGCUGCCAUUUCAUUUUCAUAUGGGAUAAUUUAUAACAUUUUUCCUAAA